AUGGAGCCCGUGGGGUUGGAGCUGAAGACUUCUGGUCAGGUCAGUGCGUGUUUGCGUGUGGUGUCGAUUCUGAUUGGCGACCUAAAGCUAAAUUGACGCGUCAUACUUGUGUGAUAGCUUCUUUCGUUCGAAGAGUAAUUCUAGCUCCUGAAAACGUGUUCUGAUAUUUUUGUUUCCUUUUCUCUGGUCGCCAAACUACAGAAGGACGGUACACUGCCGAAGCUGCUGGUAUGUUCCGACUAUUCUGACUAUUAAUGCACACAAAUUUGACCACGAGACACCGUUCCAUUGUGCACGAUGGCUUAAACUCUUUUCCCACGGGCAUGUGUUAAUUUUUUCUCUACUUCGUUGACACAUCUGUUUUCAUGGGGCUUGCUGCACAGAUGAAUGAUUACUAAAUGAUUCCCUCGGGGGUAAUCUGACCUCUGCUUUCUUGAGGAGAAGAUAAUGCCAUAUUUCAUAGUUUUUGUAUGCUUGAAUAUUAUUCACACUUUCCUUUAUCUUUGAUGCGUUGAUUAUGUGAGAGGAUUAUGUGAGUUUUCUUUUUGUGUCUACAAGUGUCAUUCUUUUAUCCAAAAUCUUUGAGACAAGUAGAAGAGUGCAAGUUCCAAAUAUAUAUGACACAUAUUAGGUAAAAUAUAAGAGAAUUUGGGAGGAGUCAUGAGUAUACAAACACACGAAUGUGCUCAGAAUAAUGUCCACACCAUCAUAAAAUAGCUAAAUUUUUAAUGGCAUAGAUCAUGGCCGCUGGGUUUUCAAAAUAUUUAGAAAAUAUGUGAGAAGUCUCUAGAACAUUUGUGAGCUUAUCGUUGUUGUCACCUUAUUUAUCUCGUGCUAAACUUUAACACUCAUUUUCAACGAGAAACCUUGUAAAUGGGCCUAAGUGGAUGCUGCAAAAAUGUCCAAUGAUAUUUACUCGCUGCUUGCAUAUCAUCUUCCAUAUGGACAUUCUGUAAAAGAUUAGCAAAUUUACCAAUUAAUCCUUUUUAUGCUUAACACUCUCUAUGCCACGGAGGGAAUUUUUUUAUGGGAUGAAUUUUAUUGAUCUUAAAGACGCUAAGCACAGCUGAGGAAAUAAGAAUCUUAAAUGAAGAUCAGGUUUAUGACCAUACAUGUUAGACCGAUUAUGUGAAAAUAAAGUGUGUUGAAAUAUACCUGAUAGAAAAGAAAUCAUCCAUCUUCGUCAUAGAAUCCUAUGGAAAGGGUAAUAUUUUGGAAAGAACGGUUUCCAAUAAUACUUAUAGAAUAAUGGUCUGUUUCUGGUUCAUUUUUGUCUGAUGAUGUCUUAGGAUGAAUGCCACAACCCUCGCUGGAAGGUGAUUUCAACCCACAGCGAGGGAUUUCGUGCAAAAGUCCAUGAAAUGAUAUGCAGACGCAAUAAUAUAUCGGCAAGAUAUCUUAGUGCAUGUACUCUGCCUUUGUAAUAUAUUCGCUGUUCAUCUUUAAGAAUACCUUUUCACACCUUUAUGCAUUUAAACCUUAGUUUAGUGAGUUUGGUGACAGGAGUGAAUUUAAAAUAAUAUUUGGAAUUCCUCUUUUUAGAAAUGAUAUUUAAAUAUUCUUUUCAAGGUAGUCACAAGAAAAUAAAAGCUCAGUAAUGGUCUUUUUACUGGUUUUAUGGUUAAUUUAGGUGAUAUUGUAUUUUUUCUUGUUAUGACGGUUAACAGUCUUGAAAAAGACUACUAAGAGACCUCCGAAUGUUUCUUAAAUUUGCCUUAUAAAAUGAAAAUUUUCCGGCCCUUAUUGUGUGUGCUUUGAGGAAGAAAGAUGUGAAGCUUUUAUCACUUUUUUUUAAAAUGAGAGUGUACUUCCACACUAUUAUACAGUGUUAUCCUGAUAGAGAAACUUGUUCAUUUUUUCUGAAUUUGGUGUUUAUCUUCAGACCGAAUUUAUGGUGGAUAUCAAAUGUGAAGGUUGUGUUUCAUCGGUAAAGAACAAACUACUGAAUCUUGAGGGUAGGUUGUUUUAUUACGGCCAACAUCAUUUGUGUCUAAUUCCUUUUGUGUGAGCGGUGUCUCAUACAAAUACCGUUUUCCCAUGUCCAUCAGAGGUGUUUAGUUCUAAAAUUAUUUGUGCAUGCAGGAGUUAAGAAGGUUGACGUGGACCUGAAUAACCAAGUUGUUAGAGUCCUUGGUUCUUCGUCUGUGAAGGCCAUGCUUGAUGGUAUGGAACAGACUGGCCGAAGGGCGAGACUGAUUGGCCAAGGGAUUCCUGAAGGUCCUGUUCACUCCCCAGAUUUGGCAUAUUAUUGUUUAACAUUCAACUUCGAUAUAGCUUUUUUCUUUCUUGACUGAUUUUAUGCUCCUGUUUUUCAAAUCCAUGAUUGAGCUUCUUUCUUUUAUUCUUAGUCAUGACCUAUCAGCUUAAAUAAAUUUUGUUUACCUGUUGCACUGGAAGAAAGUAAUGCAUUUACCACCGGAAAUUAAAUUAUUGGACGGCAUAAGAUGUGAAAGGUUAUCUUGCAGUUUGAAUAUGGAUCUGUUGUUUUUAUCGAUAACUAUCAUUCUCCUCGAGUAUCCUUAACCAUCUUAAUGCGUAUCCUUGUAUAACCCAAGAUAUAUAUAUAUAUAUAUAUAUAUUUAAUGUAGAUGGUAUCAUGCAUCAUUCUCAUAAGUAUUUGAAGAGAUAUUAAAUUAUAUGUAUAGCCGGCUCUUAAAUACAGAGAAAAACCCGACAUGUGUAUGAUAUUCAGUCUCUAUAUCCACAAUAAUUAGGAAGAUAAUCUGAAAGCUAACUUGUCUCUUUCCAUUUUCAUAGUUUAUCUUUAACAUCCAUGGUGAGCAUUUUGUUACCUCUGUAAAUAGGGAGAGAAGAUCUUCCAAGCUGUCCGAUCAGUUCAUCCUGAUUAUUUCCUUCGGAUCUUCAACAGUAACGGAUAAUGCUACAUUUCUAAGCUUCUUAUCUUCAGGUCGGGUUUAUUUAAUCGAUAAAUCCAUCUAAUAAAACAGAUCAUGUGUAAGAAUAAUGUGUAUAAAGAAGUAUAUGUCUAACUUUUGUGGAAAUAUAAUAGAUUGGAAGAGGAGAUCUGCAAUGGGAUAGAACGGGAAGAAUACAGAUGAAGGGAAGCCAGUAAUGGGGCCAAGGGAUUCUGUACGCUUUAUAUUUUUGUCUUUCUGGAUAUAUUAUUGGUUGAAAUUUGGGGAAACCACACCCAAUUAUAUUUUGCUUAUAUGAGCUACUUUUUUAAAAAAACAGACAUUGAGCCAACUGUGAUAAUUUCUCUCUUUAUUCCUGAUUCUCCUAUAUCUUGUUUCCUAUAUUUAAGCUCCCUGCUAUUCUCACUCAUAUGCUCUUUUUCUGACUUAUGACAAACGAAGAACAUGAAUGAACAGUUCAUUUCUGAAAAUAUGUAUUGUGGUAUCACUGUUAUUGGUGUUUGAUCUCCCAUCUUUGUUAUAAAUUAACUUGAACUUUAUAAUGGAUUAAAGUAGUGGGAUUAUCAUAUCAUUGGUUUCAAUUCAUGAUUUUCGUAAAUUGGAUUAGAAUCACAGUGUAGUGUGGGCUCUAAUGAUGAGUUUGUUUACUUUUGAAAAAGAUUGUUCUGUGGCUGCUGUAUCAUGGGAUUCUGGUAUUUGGUAGUUUUGAUGCAUAUGUUGAAUUGAUCACCUUUUUAGUGAAAGGUAUAUAAGGUGAUUGUGUGCGGGUUGGACUGCUACUCCUCUGAUCACUGGCUGCUAUGUGACGAAAGAGAUGAUGAAGUGUGAAGUCGGAGAACAUGAUUGAGAAGAAGAUGUUAGCAAGAUGUGGCGUGGUACAGGAGAUGAAAAUUAAGAAGGAUCCCUGAUGCAUUUAAGAGUAAUGAAAAGCAAAAUAAAGAGUUAAACGACAAAAAAAUGGGGACAGCAACACAGAGGGAAUAAAUAAGUGUUAUGAUUUUAUUGGGAGUGAAAAUAAUCAAGAAGUGCCCUGACUCUCCUAAUUGGCCGUCACGAAUGUGGUUUGAAGGGUGGGAUCCAAUCCCUAAAACAAUAGAGAUAGUACUUAUAUGAUGAUUAAAUUCGAAACAAAGGUCACAUUGGCUCCCUUUAGAGAGAGAAAAAAAGCCUACUUUUCUAACCUUUUCUUGAUAUACCUUCGAACAUUCUCAUUUUACCCCGGUUGGUCGAUUAUUUCUGUUCUCAUUUACCGUAUGAAUACUAAUAUAUCCUUGGCUUCUGCUUUCUCUGUAUGGUGUAUAUAAGCUAGCAUGUCGUUGCCCCACAGAUUUCCAGAUUUCAGCCGCUGUGGCCGAAUUCAAGGGCCCAGUUGUCUUCGGGAUCGUUCGAUUGGUUCAAGUUAACAUGGAACUGGCCAGGAUCGAGGCGAGCUUCAGUGGCCUUACACCCGGCAAGCACGGAUGGGCAAUAAAUGAGUUUGGCGAUCUGACCAGAGGAGUUGCCAGCACGGGAAAAGUAUUCAAUCCUGGAGACCAAGCAACUUCCGAAGAGGUUUGGAGAAGACAUUCUGAUACCAUCCUUCUGAUAGCAUCUUCUGGUUCCUUUUAACUGCCAUGACUGUUUCGGUUCUCGAUCUGCCCAGUUGAUUAGAAUGUGUUCCGAUCGAGAUUCUUGUAAAUUUUGAGGAAAUAAACAAUAGUCAUAGGGUUGUCUGAUGCUGGCUUGCGCAGCCACUUGGUGACCUGGGAACACUGGACGCUGACGGAAAUGGUGAAGCGCAAUUCUCAAGCUCUAAGAGGACGCUCCGUGUCGCCGACCUGAUCGGCCGUUCUAUCGCCGUGUACGAAACGGAGGGCAAGUCCAGCACCGGCGUCGCGGCGGCGGUCAUCGCGAGGAGCGCCGGCGUCGGCGAGAACUACAAGAAGCUGUGUACCUGCGACGGGCUCACCAUUUGGGAGUCGAGGUGA